GCCUCCGCAUGCGCGCAUGCGCCGGGCCCCGCUGCGCGCUUCCGCCCGCGCUCGGUGCUGGCAACAAUGGUGGGAGCGGCGGCCGCGCCGGGCCAUGGCGGUGAACUACGCGGCCGGGCUCUCGCCCUACUCGGACAAGGGCAAGUGCGGGCUCCCCGAGAUCUUUGACCCGCCGGAGGAGCUGGAGAGGAAGGUUCGGGAGCUGGCAGACUUGAUCAGGAGCUCCUCCAAUGUGGUGUUCCACACCGGGGCUGGAAUCAGCACUGCCUCGGGCAUCCCUGACUUCAGGGGGCCCAAUGGUGUCUGGACUAUGGAAGAGAAGGGGCUCUCCCCAAAAUUUGAUACCACCUUCGAGAGUGCCAGACCCUCCAAGACUCACAUGGCUCUGCUGGGGCUGCAGAGGGUCGGCAUCCUGAAAUUCCUGGUCAGCCAGAACGUGGAUGGCCUUCACGUGCGCUCCGGAUUCCCAAGGGACAAGCUGGCCGAGCUCCACGGGAACAUGUUUGUGGAAGAGUGUGUGAAGUGUGGCAAGCAGUACGUGCGGGACGCCGUGGUGGGCAGCAUGGGGCUGAAGCCCACGGGCAGGCUCUGCAGCGUCACCAAAGCCCGGGGGCUGCGGGCCUGCAGAGGGAAGUUAAGAGACACCAUUCUGGACUGGGAAGAUUCCCUGCCCGACCGCGACCUCACGCUGGCAGAUGAAGCCUGCAGGAAAGCUGAUCUCUCCAUCACUCUGGGGACCUCUCUGCAGAUCAAACCCAGCGGCAACCUCCCACUGAUCACGAAGAAGAGAGGAGGGAAGCUGGUCAUUGUCAACCUACAGGCAACCAAACACGACAAACAGGCUGACCUCCGCAUCCACGCUUACGUUGACGAUGUGAUGACGAAGCUGAUGAAGCACUUGGGGCUGGAGGUGCCGGAGUGGACGGGGCCGGUGGUGGUGGAACAUGCGGAGCUCUCCAAGCCCGAGCAGCUCUGCAGGUUUGAGGCUGGGGCUCAAGGGCUGUGCAAGGAGGAGCCGCUCUCCCAGCACAACGGCACGGGCGGGCUGAGCCCUGACCUUGGGACCACACUGGUGGAACGCCGUGACAGCCUGAAGCAGGAGUGUCCCAGCCCGGACAUGGGGCCAACAAGGGUGAAGAAGAUGAAGGUAGAGCCUCUCAUCACCUGACCCAGACUGUUCCCUGCCUGUCCAGAUGCUCUGUGCCACUUUUCCUACCGACUUUUUUUAAUACCCUGAAACACUGUCCCCUUUUUUAUGUAAGUAUUAAAAACACUCGGAUCAUGA